GCCUCUAGAGGGGAGCGACGCGUCGAGCGAAGAGGACAGCGAUAUGUUGGAGCGGGCGACGGAGCGAAGCGGACGCCGCCGGCCGGUGCACGGGAAGGGCGCGGGCGGCCGUCAGUUCCGCGCCGCGCCUCGCUCGUACAACCCGUCGUCGCUGACGCUCCCGCCUGCGCGCCCGCUCCACAAUGAAGUCUAAAGUAAAGGGAGCGAGAACCAAGAACAUGGACAAGCUGAUCGCAGCUGUCCAGGCCCGGGAAUGUUUAUGGGACAAGAGCUACAGGGGGCACAGGAAUCGCUUCAAGUUGGAGCGAUAUUGGAAUGAAGUGGCGGCUGAGGUUGGGACGACGAGUUUGAACUGUCGCAAAAAAUGGAAGAACCUAAAAGACCAAUGCCGCAAGGAGAUGAAGAAAAACCCGACAGAAUCGGAAUGGCCGCAUUUCCAGAAGUUGAAAUUCAUUCAUCACCAGUUCGUGGCCGAAGAUGAGGAAGGGGACGAGGAUACUACUGAUGAGGUCUUCAAUUCUCUGGACGAGUCCAUAAAGAGGCCUAAAUUAGGCUACACCAUGAGAAAGAAGCUCUUGAUGAACAAGCGAAGGGCUAUAGAUGUUGAUAUGAAUAAGCUUAUUGAUUUGGUUCGCGUUAGGGAGAUAAUUUGGAACAGGUCACUCAAAGGCCACCAUAACUGGUACAAGCUUGAUGAAAGCUGGAAGGAGGUUGCGCAAGAGUUGGAUUGUACACGUGACGAAGCAAGACUCAAAUGGAAGUACCUAAGAGACCAAGCGAGGAAGGAGGUAAGGAAGCAAUCAGGAUCAGAUUGGGAGUACCUCCCAAAACUGCAAUUCCUCACAAACCAAUUCAAUGACUAUGAAGGCAAUGAAAUACCAGAUGAAUCCUACACACAAGAUUAUGAUGCAGAUCAAGGAAGCAGCUAUUACAACAUAGAACCAACCAAUGAUGUUAGCGUUAAAGAAGACGAUUUUGAUGAAUUUGAUACUAAACCAAUUAUAAUGGAAACAGAUUUUUAUGAUGACGAUGAUGAUGCACAGAAGAGUGCUACUACUGAACCAAGUGAGCCAGUUGCGAAGGAUGAAGAUAUAGGCUUCUUCAAUAGCCUGCUUCCUCACGUCAAGAAAUUAGGACCGGCUAAAAAACUAAUGUUAAGAAUGAAGAUACAGGAGAUGGUCUACAAUACUGUUUAUAAUGAAACUUAGUUUGAGAAUAGUAACACUUAUUCAGAAAAAUGAGAACAUUUUUUAAAGGAAAUAGCCUGGUUAUAUUUCGGAGGCAUGCGAUAUUAUUUUGAUACGUGACAGGCUAUAUUUCUUUAUACUUAAUUGAAAAAUGCCUCAAAUUUAUAGCUUAGAGAAGUGGCAGAUGUGGGAAUGUCUGGUCUUAUUUUUAUUACAAUGUAACGUUGCCCAACUUUAGGAUUUUCCUCUGUGCUGUGAGUGCUAUAUACUAUUUCACAUACAGAUCUCAUCUAGACCCGGAACAACAGUUUGUGGAUCAUACAAAGAGUUUUUCCGUGCGGGAAUUGAAAACGCGAUACGUUGCGUGGCAGCCACCGCACCAACCGUGCAGUCAAACGUAUUAAUUGUAAC